AACAGAAAUUUCUAAGAAGAGACCGUAUAUCGUCCAAGGCCAAGCUUCUAGGAGAGGACCAUUUUAGUAAUUCGCCAUUUUUCUUUCUUUUUCAUUUUCAUGGGUUGACGGAGAAGUGUCAAAGUUGCCAACAGUCUUCGAGAUCGCUAGAGAUAUAAAACCACAGGAAAGGUGCAGAGAUUGGGCGCAUACCGACAGCCCGGAAAGCUCCAAUCAAUCUUCCCCAACGGGCGGCUCCAAUUAAAAGCUUUUCAUUUCAGUGUUUCGUGGAAAGCUAUUAGAAACCCUUUUGUUCGGUGAGUACAAAUUUGUUGAGCUUCUGUUGUGAUUCGGAGUCUGAGCCAAUUUGCUGUGCUUUUUUCAGUAGUAGAUCUUCAUUAUUCUCGGGGUAGGUGAUUUCACUAUUCUAGAUCAAGAGGGGCUGUUCUGAUUUUGUUGUUUCAGAUUUCAUUCCAGAGGUUUUAAUUUUUAUUUUUAUUUUUUGGGUUAUCUUUUCUGAUUUCUGGGCGUUGAAGGUUUUAGUUUUGCUUGCCUAAAGCCCAAAGUUGUGGUGUUUGAAGACACCUAUAGUGGGAGUAGCUCUCUAGUUCAAUCCAAACUGCUGGCUUUGAAAGAGAAAGCUGUAGUCCAGUUUUGUGAUUCUGUAGUUUUGGCUAUGGGAGAUUUGAAACCUGUAAUCUCAGAAUUAGAGGGAGAAGAAAACUUGAUUGCUGCAGCUCAGCACAUAGUGCAGGCAUUAGGGAGCAAGAAGAACCUGACUGAUGAUGCCAGGAGAAUUUUGGUGGAACUUGGCUCCAAAUUGUCUACUAUGGCCUCCUUGAAUGAUAACAAGAGUGAGGGAGUAAGCGAAAUGGAAGAGCGGCUCAACAUCAUCCACGAGAAGGUCAUGAGUUGGGAGGCAGAUCAAUCUAUGAUAUGGGACUCUGGCCCCGAAGAAGCGUCUGAGUAUCUAAAGGCUGUGGAUGAAGUGCAAAAGUUGAUUGGGAAGUUGGAGAGCCGUAGCUUUGCUAAGGAUAGUGAAGAGGUUGAGCUCCUACAGAGAUCUUGUGAUGUUCUUCAGACGGCAAUGGCAAGGUUGGAGGAAGAGUUUGGGUACAUUCUUGUUCAGAACAGGCAACCCUUUGAGCCUGAGCACAUGUCUUUCCGUUCAAGUGAAGACGAUAUUGCAGAUGAGGGUUCAAUCGUCUCUUUUGAAGAUGAAUCGGUGGAGGACAUGAGAGAGUCUGUCAGCAGAGGCUCAGAGGAAUUCAUCAUUGAUUUGGUCCGGCCAGAUGUGAUCCCUGACCUCAAGUGCAUUGCAAAUUUAAUGUUUGUUUCCAAUUAUGAUCAGGAAUGCUCUCAGGCUUUUAUUUGUGUCCAAAAAGAUGCGUUGGAUGAGUGCCUCUGCAUUCUUGAGAUGGAGAAGUUGAGCAUUGAAGAUGUCCUGAGGAUGGAGUGGGCUAGCUUAAAUUCUAAGAUUAAGAGAUGGGUGCGGGCUAUGAAGAUUUUUGUGCGAGUCUAUCUUGCUAGCGAGAAAUGGCUCAUUGACCAGAUAUUUGGGGAGGUAGGAUCAGUUAACUCUGCUUGUUUCAUUGAGACAUCAAAGUCAUCGAUGUUGCGGCUUCUGAAUUUUGGGGAAGCUGUAGCAAUCAGCCACCACAAACCAGAAAAAUUGUUUGGCAUAAUUGACAUGUAUGAGGUGCUAACUGAUCUUCUUCCUGAUAUGGAAGCCUUAUACCCUGAUGAGGCUGGUUUCUGUGUUAGAAGUGAGUUUCAAGAGGUUCUGAAUAGCUUGAGGAAUUCUGUGAGAGCAACAUUUCUUGAAUUUGAAAAAGCUAUUGCUUCAAACACAUCAGUAAAUCCUUUUGCUGGAGGUGGAAUCCAUCAUUUGACCAGAUAUGUCAUGAACUACAUCCGGAAUCUUACUGAUUACAGCGUCAUCCUUAAUCUACUCCUUGAUGAUCAUGUGCCGGACAAUCCCAUCUCUUCAUCACCCCAUGCACGCCCAGUUCUUGACGGGAACAGAAGUGAUGCUUCCUGCUCUGUCAGUGUUUCCCCAAUGGCUUUCCACUUCCAAUCCCUCAUUUCAAUUCUAGAAUCCAACAUUGACAUUAAAUCCAAGUUAUACAAGGAUGCCUCUUUAGAGCACCUAUUCUUGAUGAACAAUAUACAUUACAUGACUCAGAAGGUUAAGGACUCUGAACUGAGGGCCAUUUUGGGGGAUGAAUGGAUUCGGAAGCAUAACUGGAAAUUCCAGCAGCAUGCCAUGAACUACGAGAGAGCUACUUGGAGUUCAAUCCUCCCUUUACUGAAGGAUGAGGGGAUUCAGAAUCCCAAUUCAAAUUCUGUAUCUAAAUCUCUACUAAAGGAGAGGCUAAGGAGCUUUUAUGCUGCCUUUGAGGAAGUAUACAAAACUCAAACUGGUUGGUUAAUACCUGAUCUUCAGCUUCGUGAGGACUUACGAAUCUCAGCAUCACUCAAGGUGGUUCAGGCUUACCGAACAUUUGUUGGAAGGCAUAACAGCCAUAUUACUGAAAAGCACAUAAAGUACAGUGCAGAUGAUCUUCAAAAUUACAUUUUGGAUCUCUUUGAGGGAUCCCAAAGAUCAUUACAAAGUCCACACAGGAGGUGAUGUUGGAAUAAAUUUUGGCUUGGGGAUUCAAGUGGAAUGAGAAUGAGUAAUAUUUCAGUCUCAUUCUCGCAGGUAUUUCCAGCAGAUGUGAUUUUAUAAAAUUAAAAGGACUGCAUUACUGUUGUGAUCUCUUGUAUUCAGCCCCUUCUGAUAAUUUGACAUGAGCUUAUACUAAUUGAAGAUCCUUGGUGGCUUGGUUGUCUUUA